AUGGCAGGUUUCCAGCCGAGAGCCGCCAUGGCCGGCCACUUCUCUCUGGCCUCGGCCUUUCGCAACCUCUCCCUAUCUAUCCCGAAGCGUUCUUUCUCCACCACAUUGGCACAACAGACUACCGCACAACUUCCGGAGCAUAUCCCACCGUACCCCUUCGGUCCUCGACAAUGGUACAAGCAAGCCGACACAGGUCUUUAUGGCGGUGUCAUGAUUCGCUUCGGUAACAAGAUCUCCAAGGGUCGCAAUGAAGGCAAAACACGACGAAGCUGGAAGCCCAAUGUUCGCCGCAAAAAGAUCCGCAGCGACGCUCUGGACGAGGAACUCUUUAUCAAAGUCACACGCAAGGCUUUGCGUACAAUUCAGAAGGAGGGCGGCCUCGACAACUACCUCCUUAGCGAUCGCGUAUCCCGCAUCAGGGAGCUCGGCAUGUUCGGAUGGGAACUGCGAUGGAAGGUCAUGCAGACAUCCGUGAUCCAGGAACGAUUCCGGACAGAGCGCCUCAAGUUCGGUCUCAAGGAGCCUAAGUCUUUUGAAGAAUGGGCAAAGGACAAGGAGGAGGAAAUCAAUGCUAAAAUCGCUGAGCGACUUAACAUUGAUCAAAUUACGAAACCCCGCAAGAAGGGUAUGGCCGACCCUCAGAGACUCCAACAGCUCGCUGAGAAAUCUCAAGCCGAAGUCCAGACUUAA